GGAGGGAGAGUGGAUAAAAGGAGGGUACUGCAGGGUGUCUCUACAUUAACAGCGGAUCAGGAUCAAGUAGGAGGAUGAGGAGGACUCAGCUGUGGCUGCUGGCCUCUCUGGCCUUUGUCUCUUUGACUUCUCUGGCUGAUGGAGCUCCAUUGCAGGUGAUGUCUGCUCCCAACUUGUUGCGGAUAGGAACAGCAGAAAACAUCUUUGUGGAGUGUCAAGACUGCCCCGGUGCAAACAUCAACAUCCGUGUUGUAAUCAACGUGAUGAACCAUCCAACCAAAACCAAAAGGCUGGCAACCACAUCUGUGAUCCUUAACAAUGCAAACAAUGUCCAAGGACUCGGACAAAUAACGAUCCCUGCUGAAGACUUCAAUAAAGAUCCAAACGUGAAGCAGUAUGUAUACCUGCAAGCACAGUUUCCUGACCGACUGCUGGAGAACGUUGUUUUAGUGUCCUUCCAGUCUGGGUACAUCUUCAUCCAGACUGACAAGACCAUUUACACCCCCAACAGUAGAAUUCAUUACAGGAUGUUUGCAGUGACGCCACGUAUGGAGCCCGUAGAGAGGGAUGAUGCAACCCAAACUGAUGCUUCUAUUGCCAUUGAGAUUGAGACCCCCGAUGGCAUGAUUUCACCACUUGAUACAGUCUCCUUGAAAUCAGGGCUCCACUCUGGAGAUUUCCAACUCGCUGAAGUUGUCAGUCCUGGACUGUGGAAGGUGGUGACAAAGUUCCAGAGCAACCCACAGCAGAAGUAUUUUGCAGAGUUUGAGGUCAAAGAAUACGUGCUGCCCAGUUUUGAAGUAAAACUGACACCUGUGAGCACUUUCUUCUACAAGGACAGUGAAGAGCUCACCGUCAACAUCAAAGCUAGGUAUCUGUUUGGUGAAGAGGUGAAUGGGAUGGCCUUCGUGGUGUUUGGGGUGGUUAAGCAAGAUGGUGAAAAGAGGAGCUUUCCAAAUUCUAUUCAGAGAGUGCCGAUCGCGAAAGGUAGUGGAGUGGUCACACUGAAGAGAGAACAGAUCACAAUGACCUUCCCAAAUAUAGACGAACUGGUGGGGAGUUCCAUAUAUGUAUUCGCCAGUGUGCUGACGGAGAGCGGUAGUGAAAUGGUGGAAGCAGAGUUUAGAGGUAUCCAGAUUGUAACAUCACCUUACUCCAUCACCUUCAAGACAACACCCAAAUAUUUCAAACCAGGGAUGUCCUUUGAUGUUGUGGUUGAAGUUACGAAUCCUGACGGCUCUCCGGCACGAGGUGUUGCUGUGGUGGUUGACCCAGGCCCGGUGAAUGGAGUCACUACAGCCAAUGGUGUGGCAAGGCUUACCAUCAAUACAGCCGCAGGGAUCGACAAACUGUCAAUCACUGCAAAGACCAACGAUCCUCGUAUUUUAGCUGGAAGGCAAGCAUCAGCCCGCAUGGAAGCUCAGCCAUAUGAAUCCACCAGCAAAAGUUACAUCCACAUAGGUGUGGACAAUAUAGCUGAUUUGGAAAUAGAAAACAACCUAAAAAUCAACCUUGUCCUCAACAAGCAGGGAAAUCAUGACAUCACAUACCUGAUCCUGAGCAGAGGUCAACUGGUGAAAAGUGGCCGUUACAAUACAAAGGGAGAAGUGCUGAUUUCCCUGAUAAUUCCUGUUACCAAAGAAAUGCUGCCAUCAUUCCGUAUCGUAGCUUACUACCAUACAGAUAAUGAAGUGGUGUCAGACUCUGUUUGGGUGGAUGUCAAGGACUCCUGCAUGGGCUCGCUGAGACUAGAGUCAUCAAGGCCUGCUCCGUCCUAUGAGCCUCGCAAGAUGUUUAGUCUGAAGGUCACUGGAGACCCAGGGGCCACAGUAGGACUGGUGGCAGUUGACAAAGGCGUUUACGUCCUCAACAACAAGCACCGUCUGACCCAGAAAAAGGUGUGGGACGUUGUAGAGAAGCAUGACACAGGCUGCACACCAGGUGGAGGGAAAAACGGGAUGGGUGUGUUCUAUGAUGCUGGGCUGUUGUUUGAGUCCAGCGCGGCUUCUAGGACUCCCCACAGACUAGUACUGAAAUGUCCGGUCCCCAGCAGGAGGAAGCGCGCCACUACUAUAAUGGAAGUAACAACCAACCUAGUGAAUCAGUAUACAGACCCACUGGAAAGUGACUGUUGUAAGGAAGGCAUGAGAGAAACUCCCCUCUCAUACACCUGUGAGAUUCGCGCGGAGUACAUCAGUGAUGGUGCAGCCUGUGCUGCAGCCUUCGUGCACUGCUGCAAGGAGAUGCAAACCAUGCGAGCUGAGAGGAAAGAGGAAACUCUCCAACUGGCUCGCAGUGAAGAAGAUGACAGUUACAUGGACAGCGAUGAAAUUGUUUCCCGUACCAACUUCCCUGAAAGUUGGCUGUGGUCAGAUAUCAAUCUGCCUGCUUGCUCUCGACAAACACCUAACUGUGAGACCACAACAUUUACAAAGGAUGUUCCUUUGCCAGAUUCUAUCACAACCUGGCAGUUCACUGGCAUUAGUCUGUCAAGAACUAAUGGAAUCUGUGUUGGCGAACCGUUAGAGGUGAUUGUUCGGAAGGAAUUCUUCAUUGAUCUCAGACUGCCGUACUCUUCUGUCCGUGGAGAGCAGAUAGAGAUUAAAGCUGUUCUCCACAACUACAGCCCUGAUCGUAUCACUGUGCGUGUGGAUCUGAUUGAGAAGGAACAUGUGUGCAGUGCAGCUUCUAAACGUAGAAAGUAUCGCCAGGAGGUCGAAAUAGGGGCCGAAACUACACUAUCUGUACCCUUUGUCAUCAUUCCCAUGAAAGAAGGACAAUACCAGAUUGAGGUCAAAGCAGCUGUCAAAGACUCAUACCUCAAUGAUGGAAUCAUGAGGAUGUUGAAGGUCGUGCCCGAAGGCGUGCUGGUAAAAUCUCCUCAGAUUAUAAUUUUAGACCCCGGUAAACAAGGUGGUAAACAAGAAGUAAUCCUCAACAGUGGAAUUCCUAAGAAAGAUUUGGUUCCAAACACACCUACUAGGACACAGAUCUUAGUGACAGGGGUAGAACAGGUUUCUACACUGGUGGAGAACUCGAUUAGUGGGAAGUCUAUGGGUAGCCUGAUCAGACAGCCCGGAGGCUGUGGAGAGCAGAACAUUGCUGCCAUGACCCUGCCUGUCAUUGCAACCAUAUAUUUGGACAAAACCAACCAGUGGGAAUCUGUGGGCUUACAGAAACGUAACGAAGCUCUCCAACACAUCAAGACUGGCUACCAUCACCAGCUUGGGUAUCGUAGAAGCGAUGGGUCAUUUGCUGUGUGGAACUUUUGGUUUGCCGAGUACUUCUAUCCAAGUAGCACUUGGCUGACAGCCUAUGUUGCCAAGGUGUUUGCCAUGGCCAAUACUCUGGUGGCGGUGCAAAGGGAACACAUCUGUGGUGCUGUUAGGUUCCUGAUUCUUAACGCACAACAACCGGACGGCUUAUUUGUAGAGAUUGGAUAUGUAUACAGUAGUGCAAUGCGUGGUGACGUUCGCGGCUCAGAUUCAGAUGCUUCCAUGACAGCCUUCUGCCUCAUUGCCAUGCAAGAAUCACGCACCCUAUGUGCUGCCACUGUUAAUAGUCUGCCAGGCAGUAUAAACAAAGCAGUGAACUAUCUGGAGAGGCGUCUACCCACGCUCACCAACCCAUAUGCUGUUACCAUGACGUCAUAUGCCCUGGCCAAUGAAAACAAAUUGAACCGCGGGAUCCUCAACAAGUUUAUUUCCCCAGAGUUGUCCCACUGGCCAACACCUAGAGGAGGUGUUAUCACACGGGAGGCCACAGCUUACGGCCUUCUGGCUCUGGUCAAAGCCAAAGCAUUUGAAGAUGCCAAACCUGUUGUCAGAUGGUUCAACAAACAGCAGCAAGUGGGCGGAGGCUAUGAAACAACUCAGGCUACCAUAAUGGUGUACCAGGCACUAGCAGAGUACUGGGCCAAUGCUGAAGAACCACCGUAUGAUCUGAAUGUGGACAUCUUGUUGCCGGGCAGGGCAAGUGCUGAUAGGUACCACUUCAACUCGAACAGCCACUACGCCACCAGGACUUCUAAAAUCAACGAUAUAAACCAGGAUGUGAAGGUGACUGCCACAGGCUCAGGAGAAGCAACAGUCAAAAUGGUGUCGCUGUAUUACGCUCUGCCUAAACAAAAGGAGAGUGAUUGUCAGAAGUUCAACGUGUCAGUGCAGCUCCUUCCAGACAAAAAAGAUGGGGAUGAGGAAGUAUACAAGCUGAAAAUAGAGGUUUUGUAUAAGGACACGGAGCAUGAUGCAACCAUGUCAAUCUUGGAUAUUGGCUUGCUGACUGGCUUCACUCCAAACACAAACGACCUGGCCUUAUUGGCUAAAGGACGUGCCCGCACUAUUGCAAGAUAUGAGAUGAACACAGUCCUGUCAGAAAGAGGCUCACUCAUCAUCUACCUGGACAAACUUUCACACACGCGACCAGAGGAGAUCUCCUUUAGGAUCAAUCAGAAGCUUAAAGUGGGCGUCUUACAACCAGCUGCUGUGUCUGUCUACGAAUACUAUGACCCAACACCUUGUGUGAAAUUCUACCAUCCAGAGAGGAGAGGUGGACAGCUGCUGCGACUCUGUAAAGGAACUGAAUGCACAUGUGCUGAAGAAAACUGCAGCAUGCAGAAGAAGGACGUGAUUUCUAACGAUCAGCGCACAGCUAAAGUCUGUGAGAGUACACAAACAAGCAAAAUAGAUUUUGCUUACAAAGUGAGACUGGAACAGUUUAAAGACGAAGGGUCCACUGACAUUUACACAAUGCGGAUACUGGAAGUCAUCAAAGAAGGAACCUAUGAUGUGGGUCCUCUUAAUAAACAGCGCACUAUCCUUAGUUACCCGCACUGCAGGGACUCUUUAAAUCUGAGGACAGGCAAAACCUACCUUAUCAUGGGCACAUCCAAUGAUAUUCAUAAAGAUGACCAAUCGUAUCAGUAUGUGCUCGGUGAGAGAACCUGGAUCGAGUACUGGCCCACUAAUGCUGAGUGUCAAACUGAGGAACACAGAAAUGUCUGCUUGGGCAUGGAGGAGAUGGUCCAGCAGUACCAAAUAUUUGGAUGUGUGCAGUAAUCAAGUUCAAGGAAAUCAAAUGUCACUUUGAAUUUGUUGUUAUUUUGCCUCAUUCUCAUUAUGUAAAGCUUUUACUGCUAUGAGAAAUAAGUGCUUACAGUAUUGCAUUGUGUUGAUUAAAAUGUAAUGCUCUCCAUGUCAAUCUCUGUGUUUU